GUGGACCUGCCUGGUCACUGACAGCAAGCAGCAGGGAACAGGUACAGACUGCAGCUGCUGGUUAACAUCGAAGAUAAGACACAAAAUGCUGGAGUAAUUCGGCGGGACAGGCUUCAUCUCUGGAUGGAAGAAAGAGGGUGCGGGAGGUUAAUGAUUUGCUGAAAAACUCAACAAGAACUCAAGUAAAGUUCUGGCAUGUCGUCCACUUCAUCGGAGUUUUGAAUGGAUGGUGAAGCAUUUAGUUGUAGGGCAAGUGGAGAACAAUUUCAAACAUCAUUUGAGAUGUGGAAAACCUUCCAAGAAACUCAGGCACAGAAGAAGGAGUGCAGCGUUGCAUUGAAUGGAAAACAGGUACGGACACUUUGGCUGCCAACGCAUUGUGCUAUUAACAACAUGGAGACAUUGUACACCUGUAUUUACUUUUAGUUUUAGAGAUGCAACGCAGAAAUAGGCCCUUCGGCCCACCGAGUCUGAGCUGAACAGCGAUCCCCGCACACUAACACUACCUCACACACACUAGGGACUAUUUACAAUUUUACCAAUGCCAAUUGAUCUACCAACCUGUACGUCUUUCAAGUGUGAGUGGAAACCAGAGCACUCUGAGAAAACCAAAGCAAGGUCACGGGGAGAACGAACAAACUCCGUACAGACAGCACCCGCAGUCAGAAUCGAAGCCGGGUCUCUGGCAUUGUGAGGCAGCAUCUCGACCGCUGCACCACUAUGUUCAGCCUGGAGGAACACAGGGACGCUUACACCACGGAGAAGCCGUGGAAGUGUGGGGACUGCGGGAAGGGAUUUAAUUACCCGUCGCAGCUGGAAACGCACCGGCGCAGCCACACGGGGGAGAGGCCGUUCAUCUGCUCCCUGUGCGGAAAGGGCUUCACCAAGUCGUCCGGCCUGGUGACGCACCAGCGGAUUCACACGGGGGAGAGGCCGUUCACUUGCCCUCUGUGCGGGAAGAGGUUCACCGAGCUCUCCAAGCUGCAGGCCCACCGGCGGGUCCACACCGAGGAACGGCCCUUCCAAUGCCCCGAGUGCGACAAGAAGUACAAGAGCAAGAACGACCUGCUGACCCACCAGCGCACCCACACGGGCGAGAGGCCGUUCACUUGCUCCGCGUGUGGGAAGCGGUUCUCCUGGUCGUCCAACCUGCUGCGGCACCAGCUGGUCCACGCCGACGACAGACCUUUCCGCUGCUCCGCCUGCGAAAAGAGCUUCAAGACGGCGAGGGACCUGCUGACCCACCAGCUCGUCCACACCGACCGCAGGCCCUUCCAGUGCGGUGUGUGCGGGAAGAGCUCCAAGAGCAAGCAGGACCUGCUGACCCACCAGCGCACUCACACCGGGGAGAGGCCGUUCACCUGCUCCGUGUGUGGCAAGGGAUUCACCCGCUCCUCCGACCAGCUUAGACACGAGCGGGUGCACUCGUGACUGGCACCCGGGCACUGUUCAUCACAUCAUGGACUGAACCCCGCAUUCGUUCUAACAGGUCAUGGUUAAUAUCUGUAGAUUUUAAACUGCAACAUUUUUCUGGUAAUUAUUCUUAUCAUGGGUAAGCCAUCUAGUGUGACGUUAGUGUACUAUGCCUGAGCCACUGUCCCCCCCUCUCUCUCUCUCUGUCCCCCUCUCUGUCUCUCUGUCCCCCUCUCCCUCUCUCUGUCCCCCCCUCCCUCUCUCUGUCCCCCUCUGUCCACACUCUCACUGUCCACAAUCUCUCCACAUUUGAGAGGGAAGCGGAACACCCGGAGGGAAACCCACAAGGUCACGGGGAGAAGGUGCAAACUCCACAGAAGCAGCACCUGAAGUCAGGGUCAAACUCGGGUCGCGUGAGGCAGCAGGUCUGCCACUGCAACGUCUUAAUGGGGUAUCAAGCCACAGAGUCAUGCACUAUACAACGCAUAAAGGAGAAUACUGCUCGGAGCAAUGCAGUGCGCUCUACUUUAGAGCUACAGUGCGGAAACAGGCCCUUUGGCCCCACCAUGUUCAUGCCAACCAGUGAUCACUCCCAUACACAACCACUAUCCUACAUCUUUGGGCCAAUUUACAAUUUUUUUACCAAAUCCCAAUAACGUACAAACCCGUACGUCUUUGGAGUGUGAGAGGAAACCAGAGCACCCGGAGAAAACCUACGAGGUCUCAGGGAGAAUGUACAAACUCUGCACAGACAGCACCCUUAGUCAGGAUUGAACCCGGGUUUCUGGCGCUGUGAGGCAACUGCGCCACUCUGAAUUCACUGGUUUUCGAUGUUACCGCACUAAUGUUCAUUUUCUUGAAGCAUUUCUCCAUCAAGUGAUUAUCCAAUUCUGUUUCAAUGGCUAAAACCGAUCGUCUAUUUAUGAUCUGUCAAGAAGGAUACGAAUCUUAAUCACUCAAGACAGUGAAGUGCAAUGAACUUCUAUGGACUGUCCUUGGUUGCACUAAGGAUAUUCAGUUUUGUUUUGUUCUUGUAUUGUGGUUAAUAAUUUAUUGAAUUAAUAAGACCUAGUUCUACUAUCUGUUUUGGAUUCUUUAUCAAUCGCUGUUGUUGUCAGGGGUUAUGGGGAGAGGGCGGGAGAAUGGGGUUAAGAGGGAAAGAUAGAUCAGCCAUGAUUGAAUGGUGGAGUCGAUUCGAUGGACAGAAUGGUCUAAUUCUUCUCCUAUCACUUAUGAACAUGAAGUCGGCGACCAUUGAUGACUAACUCUUUGGCGACAAGAAUCGAGAGAGGGAGAGUCAAGACUAUUUAAUUGUUAUACAUACUGACAAUGGAACAAUGAAAUUCUUGCAGCACCAUUCCCAGACUGAGAGUCAGGGAAGUGAAAGACAUACAGAUAAGUACGAGUA